AUGCCUACCGUCGACAUCGACUCUGUGCCAUCCGUCACGAUUAUCGGAGCUGGGCCAUGCGGUUGUGCCUUUGCGGCCGACCUCGCCAGCCGAGGCAAGUCGGUCCUUCUCUAUGGCCACCCCGAUCACCGCGGCGCCCUGCCCAUGAUCGAAGAGCAAGAUGGCUGGCUGAGCUCCAGCGGUGAGAUCACUGGGAGGUUCCACAUCCAAACCACCAGCGACCUCUAUCUCGCCAUCCGACACUCCCCCUUCAUCGUCACCACCGUCCCCUCCUACGGCCAAGACACCAUCCUGGCCACGCUCAGCCAGUUUGACCUCCGCAACCACACCCUCAUCAUCAACGUCGGCAACUUCUUCUACCUCUCGGCGCGCCAACAGAUCAACGCUCACGCCAUCCUGGAAACGGAUAUUUCCCCCUACGCCACCCGCAUCACCGGCGACACCGUCUUCGUCAAGGGCAUCAAGAAGAGCCUCGCCAUCUGGGCCGAGCCGCCCACCACACAGGCGACCCGCCUGGAAGCCGGGGCCGAGGCCCGUCUCCGCCGCCAGGUCGAGUCCAUCUUCUCGCAGAAGCUGGUGUGGUGCCAGAAUCUGCUGCAGGUCGGCCUGAACAAUAUCAACCCCGUCGUGCACUGCCCGGCAGCGCUGAUGAACGCGGGCUGGAUCGAAGCCACCAAAGGCGACUUCUACUUCUACGCGCAGGGCAUGUCGCCGGCCGUGUCGCGGGUGACGGAGAAAGUGGACGAGGAGCGGCUAGCCAUUGCGCGCGCGUACGGGCUGGACCUGGUUUCCAUCACGACGUACAUGAACGAGAACUACCAGCACGACGAGGUGUUUCCCACGUAUCACGAUUUUGCCAAGGGCUCUGUCAUCCACAAUAAGACCAAGAGUGCGCCGUCGGGCAUGCACCACCGAUAUCUGUUGGAGGACAUCCUGUACGGCAUGGUGCCCUGGUACGAGCUCGGGCUGAAGUGUGGGCUGCCGUCGCCGACUAUCCGGGCUCUGAUCGAGAUGGCUUCGGUCGUGAGUGGCUUCGACUACUUUGAGCAUGGGAGGACGCUGGCGGCUGCUGGCCUUGGCGAGGCGACGAAGGAGCAGGUGCUGAUCGCCUUGGGCGGUCCGGUGGAGACGCCCAACGUGGCGGCUUCCUUGUCCGAGGCCCCCGUGAACAAGAUGUCGGAGGUGCACGCUCCUCUGCAGCGGACUCCAGUGGCGGCGUGA